GAUAACUCAAAUCGUUUGUCUAAAUUCGCCCACUUCAGUACCUAACCCAAGUGCUGCUGGCCAUAUUCUGCACUCAUAAUCGCAGAGUUUUGUGGAAAUGUGGUUCGCUUUCCAUGUGAUCUUGGCGCUGCCGCUACUCUGGCUGGCCUACUUGGAGCUAAAGUCGCUGCGGAGGAGGAGAGUACUUAACCAGUUCAAGGGACCCAAAGUACUGCCAAUUGUGGGCAAUGCACAUCAGCUGGGCAGAACACCGCCAGAGAUUAUUGCGCAAAUGUUUGAAUGGUGGCAUCAGCAUGGCAGGGGUAACUUUCGCUACUGGAUUGGAUACUAUCCGAAUUUAAUGGUCACCACUAACAAGUACUUUGAGUUCAUUCUCAGCAGUCAGACGCUAAUAACGAAGGCGGAAGUCUAUAAGCUCACCCAUCCCUGGCUGGGUCUACUCACCAGCACGGGCAGCAAGUGGUUCAAGCAUCGCAAGAUGAUCACGCCCUCCUUCCACUUUAAUGUCCUGCAGGACUUUCACGAAGUGAUGAACGAGAAGUCCACACAGUUCAUCGACCACCUGAAGAAAGUGGCGGCUGGUGACAGCAUUUUUGACUUUCAGGAGCAGGCCCAUUACCUGACACUCGACAUAAUAUGCGACACAGCAAUGGGAGUAUCCAUAAACGCCAUAGAAAACCGCGACUCUGAAUUAGUACAUGCCUUCAAGGACAUGUGUUACAACAUCAAAGUAAGAACAUUUAGUUCGUGGAAGCGCAAUGAGACGCUCUAUCGAUUUGCCUCCGACUAUCCCGCCUACUUGAAGACGGUGAAGAUGCUGCAAGACUUUACCCACGAUGUCAUCGAGCAGCGCUUAAAGGCGCACAAAGAGGGUACCGCUGCAGCAAGUCAGAGCGAUGAGUUUUCGCGGAAGAAGAUGGUUUUCCUGGACACCUUACUUGCAGCAACAGUUGACGGUCGCCCGCUCACGUCGCAGGAACUGUACGAGGAAGUCUCCACAUUUAUAUUCGCUGGCCACGACACGACCGGUGACUCCGGACUGAGUCGGGAAGCAACCUUCCAGGAAAUCUCUCAAAUGAAAUACUUGGACCUGUUCAUCAAGGAGGCGCAGCGUAUUUAUCCAAGUGUUCCAUUCGUUGGUCGUUACACCGAGAAGGACUAUGUGAUUGACGGUGACCUCGUGCCUAAGGGUACCACUCUACAUAUGGGACUAAUGAUGCUCGGCUACGACGAUCGUGUAUUCAAGGAUCCCCAUAGAUUCCGGCCCGAGCGCUUUGAGCAGCAGAAACCAGGUCCAUUCGAGUAUGUGCCCUUCAGUGCCGGUCCCCGCAACUGCAUUGGCCAGAAGUUCGCUCUACUGGAGAUCAAGACGGUGGUGUCCAAAAUUAUUCGCCACUUCCAAGUGCUGCCUGCCCUGGACGAGCUAGAGUCCAAAGAUGGGUACAUAAGUACUACCCUGGGAUAUCGGCCUGAGAAAAAGAAGAAACGCGACUUGCAGCGCCACAAAUACGAUCCCAUUCUGUUGGCAGCGAUGAGCCUGAAGUCAGAGAAUGGCAUUUAUCUUCGCCUCAAAGAAAGGUUUUAGAAUAUCAAUUUGAAAUACAGAGUAUUGCUUCUGGCA